CGCCCAACCAGAUUCAACCCCCGUUCCCAAACUCCUUCCCCCGCCCCAAACCUUCCUUAUUCCCCCUCCAAGAUGGAGGCGCUGGAGGUUUUGGGGGGCUACCCGACCAAGCCCUUAAACCCGAGAGCCCGAAUGGUCAGGGUCCUACUGAGUAUGACGGUGUGCAUGGGAUGUUUAUUAAUGCUACAUAGUUUUCUCAAAAUCUCCAAGUCCAGGAAGCCGCAAGAUUUCUAUUCUUUUGAGGUGAAGGACGCCAAAGGGAGAAGCGUUUCUUUGGAGAGAUACCGAGGCAAAGCGUCUCUGGUUGUCAACGUGGCGAGCCACAGCGAACACACUGAGAUGAACUAUCGCUCUCUGCAGGAGCUGCACCGGGAAUUGGGUACGUCCCAUUUCAACGUCCUGGCUUUUCCCUGCGGCCAGUUCGGGGAGACCGAGAUGGGGGCCAGCCGGGACAUCGAGGCCUACGCCAAGAACACCUAUGGCGUCACCUUCACCAUCUUCAGUAAGGUCAAAAUCAUGGGGUCGGAGGCGGAGCCAGCCUUCAAAUUCAUAACAGAUUCUGUGAAGAAGGUUCCGAAGUGGAACUUCUGGAAGUUCCUGGUGAACCCUGAAGGCCAGGUGGUGAGGUUCUGGAAGGCAGAGGAGCCCGUCGACAGCAUUCGUCAGGAGGCCGUAACCAUGGUGCGUCAGAUUAUUCUAAAGAAAAGGACAGAGCUCUGACGGGAUGGCGAGGAGUGGAAUAAGGACACCACUGAUGGUUUCAGAGUUAGAAUUAAAGGUUAAGAGGUAUUAAUUAAGAUACAAAGUCAACUCUGUUGUUCGGUGCUGAGUGGUGACUUUAGGGCUAGUUCCUUGUGGUAUGGGAAAGGAUUUGCCAUUAUUUUUCUGAAGAUGAAGACUGAAGAUGAUAACUAUUGCAAUAAGAGAUUAAAGGGUGUGUGUGUUGUGCCACUAAGAGGUUGACACUGACAUUUCCUGACAACCACCAGGUCCAUAGUGAAUUGCCUGACAACCACCAGGUCCAUAGUGAAUUGCCUGACAACCACCAGGUCCAUAGUGAAUUGCCUGACAACCACCAGGUCCAUUGUGAAAUCCCUGACAACCACCAGGUCCAUUGUGAAUUCCCUGACAACCACCAGGUCCAUAGUGAAUUCCCUGACAACCACCAGGUCCAUAGUGAAUUCCCUGACAACCACCAGGUCCAUAGUGAAUUCCCUGACAACCACCAGGUCCAUAGUGAAUUCCCUGACAACCACCAUGGCUUGUUAAACCAGUAUAAUCACCUCAAAGAACCACUAUUAUGUGUAACAUAGAUAUGUCUGAUUUAAAGCAGGUUGUUACUUGUUUUGUCAUUGCCAGAUUAAAAGACUGUUCUUUAAACACGUUAAUCCACGUUUAUAGUAAUGUAGAACAAUCAUUCUGUUCUUUAAACGUGUUAAUCCACAUUCAUAGUCAUGUAGAAAAAUAAUGUAAUGUAUAACAUCUCUACCACUUGGAUUUAUAGAUAAAUGUUUACAAAGGUUGGAUUUCAAAUAUUCAGAUGACACUUGAAUGAAUUGAUUUAUAGAAGGAAUAGACUCUCAAACGUU